UCGGCUAAUAUUAGAACACAGUCCCACAUUGCGUACCGCACGAACUAUCCACGAGAUUUAGUAGUUUCAGAACACGGCGAUGAUGAGGCUUGUGUCUGCUGCUGUAACGUCGUGUCUUAUUCUAAUUCUUCACGUUUCGGAUUCCAGAUGCUAUACUACACCAAAGCCUGCUAACCGACUCAACACUGAAGAAUGGGGCUUCAGAGAAGUCUGUCAUAUACUGAAUAUCAUAUCGUACCUCCUGGUAGCCAUUGCUGUGGUACUCUGUAUGGGCUUUGUUGGAACACAGGCAUUACUCAUCCGACACAGGUUGCUGCAACUGAAGGCGAUGAAAAGUCAACAAGAUGAGGCACACGUAUACAACACGUUUCAAACGGAAAGACAGAUAAGCAGGGCACACACCUAUGCACAAAUGCUUCCUGGAGCAUCAAACAUCAGCACCGCCAGACACAGUUACAUUGACGUUCUCCCUCCAGAUUUUGAUGAUUACAUCAGGCCUGUCUGCUCACAAUGCUCGGGCAACGUAUGAGUUCAAAUCAGACAUCAAGCUGUUGUGAUGAAACCAUUGUGAAUUUAUGUCAUCAUGUGAUAUUUGGUAUUGUUUAUAGUUUCACACAGAGACACGCUCUCCCGCCCGAAGGAGAUCUGUAAGGAGUUCGUGCAGAUCCAUCAACACAAUGUGGAAAGUGUCCGAUAAAAUGCAUCUUUGAUUGUUGUGAUAUUCAUGCAUAAAUUAACAAAAUAAUAUUUUCAGUGCAAAUACAAUAUAUGUCACCA